AGGAGAAAAAUACAAGCAGGAAAAGCAAAAGAGUGGGCAGUGACUCUUUUUCACUCCACACACCCACAGAACAAAACAGAAAGAAAGAACACAAUCAACAACUAAACUGAUCCCAAACCCUCCUUCGAUCAGCAACGCAAACCACCCAAGAGGAGAGACAAACAAUGCAAAAUCCACCGUUAACUCCACGACCGCAACCCUUCCUUUGCUCGAUCACCACAGGCAGCACUCCCAAGGACCCCAAAACCACACUCUACAUCAUUCUUGCCGCCUCCCUCUUCUCCUUAUUCUUCUUCUUCCUCCUCUCCCUUUCCUCCUCCUCCUCCUCCCCCUCCUCCCAAAGCAGACCCGAUCCUUUUCUCUUCCCGAACCGCCAGACCCACCACGUCCUCUUUCCCCACACUGAUCUCUCCUCUGACCCCACCCCUCCCUCCAUCGCCUACCUCAUCUCCGGAUCCGCCGGUGAUUCGGGUCGAAUCCUCCGCAUCCUCUUCGCCACCUACCACCCCAGGAACCACUACCUUCUCCACCUCGACCUCGCCGCUCCCCAGUCCGAUCGUGACGCUCUCGCCCUCACCGUCCAGUCCGUGCCCAUUUUCAAAGCUGCCCAGAACGUCAAUGUGAUCGGCAAGGCCGAUCACUCGUACCCGAAGGGCUCGUCUACGAUCUCCUCCACGCUUCACGGCGCCUCCAUACUGCUGCGACUGUCGUUGAAUUGGGAUUGGUUUGUCAGUCUCAAUGCCGCUGAUUACCCACUUGUCACACAAGACGAUCUUCUUCAUAUUUUGUCCUUUCUGCCUAAAGAUCUUAACUUUUUGAAUCAUUCGAGCUACAUUGGCUGGAGAGAGUCUAGGAGGUUGCGACCAAUAAUUGUUGAUCCGGGCCUUUAUCUUUCGGAAAAAACUGGGAUGUUUUAUGCUACUCAGAAGAGGGACUUGCCAAAUGCCUUCCGGUUGUUUAAUGGUUCAUCUUUCUCCAUUUUAAGUCGUAACUUUAUUGAGUUUUGCAUCCUGGCUACUGACAACCUCCCAAGGACGCUACUGAUGUAUUUGGCAAAUACUCCAUCAUCCCUUUCCAAUUAUUUUUCUACUAUUCUUUGUAAUUCUCAGAAGUUCAACAAAACAGUCAUAAACCACAACUUACUGUAUGCCACCUCUGACAAACCUUCUAAGGGUGAGACCUACCUGCACGGUUCCAAUGAUUAUGAAGCAAUGAUUCAGAGUGGAGCAGCCUUUGCCUCUGGAUUCCGGUUAGAUGAUCCAAUGCUCGACCGCAUUGACCAAGAGAUCUUGGGGCGCAGUAGUGGAAACGUAGUCCCUGGUGGCUGGUGCUUAGGUGAGUCUAGAAAUCACACGUGUUCGGUUUGGGGAGAUGCUGAUGUUCUGAGGCCUGGUCUGGGAGCAAGAAGACUUGAAAAAAGAAUUGUUGAAUUGCUCUCAAAUGCUACAUUUCUGUCUCGUCAAUGUAUAGUUGAAUGAUCUAGUCUUUGUUCCGGCUAGAAGAAUCCAGAACCCACCCAAAAAGUAAAGAGAAAAAAGAAACAGAGAUUCAAAUCAUGAAAGAAUGAAUAGCUCUGAUUUUAGGAAAAUUUUUAGCUUGAUCUGCAUAUUCUUUUAACAAAACUGAGUUUCUAGCUUAUUCAAAACAUGAGAUUGUUGUAAAAUGUGUUAAACAAAUGAUUUUGCUUUUGGAUCUGACCCUUGUCUAGUGCCCUUCUGCGAAAGAAAUG